UUUGUUUUUUUUUUUUUUUUUUUUUUGUCGUUUGAUGACAAUCAAAACAGACAACCAAUAAAUGGGCUCGGAUUUUGAUUGCGAAUGAUCCGCUGCCAUACCAGCAAGUCCUGUAUUUUCCUUGUGUACAUGAUCCUCAACGAAGUAAUGAUAGCAUGUGCUCGAUUUUUAAUCAAUCAAGAAACCCGCUUAAGAUCGACUGGGGUUCUCAUAUUGAGUUUGACGUGUUUGCAGACGACAAUACGAGCCGUGUGUUAUUGUUCCUAUCGAAACCAACUUAUAUACUCGUUGAACAGAGAAGAAACACUCUUUUCUCUUUUUAUCUCAUUAUUGUUUUUCUUCUCGCCAUUGAUAUCGUUAAUCUGGACGGCUUUUGAGCCGAGGAUAUUAUUUACCAUUAUCAUACGAUUUAUAUUGAACAAUAUGUUAUUGUCAAUGGCUGUGCUGUACAAAUAUAAAUAUGUAGCAAUUAAAAGGAAAAUGAAUCGAGUGAAGAUAAAGGAAAUCAUCAAGACGGAAACAAUCAGCGUCCUAGCAAUAAGAUAUAUCACAAUCUGGCAGCGACCACCGCAGCAGAUACGGUUAUGUGCCCUCAGGUAUGGCUUUAAUAAAAUUAAUGCUCAAUCAAAAUGCCUGGAAUUAAUGCCUUUUGUCUUGUUCUUUUUCAAAUUGCGCUUUGAAUCAUCAAAGCCUGCAACGUGGCUGUUUUGCCUUACCUUCAGGAGUCACAAAUAAUCCCUUCCUGUAAGAAUAGAUUGAAGAAUAAAAAGCAAAAGCAAUUUUUUUUUCUAAAUUGUUGU